GAUGGUGGCAUGGCAAAUCGUGAUUGGAGAGUAGCCAUCGAGCUUCUUUCUAGAGGAUAAGGAUGGAAAAGUAAAUUCACAAAGGCCAAAAAAAAAAUUAGUAAAAGCUGUGGACCCGCGGGCCGUGGCACAUCAACCCUCCCGAAAGCCUCAAACAGCGAACAGCGCACCGCCAUUUCAAAGAGAAAAGGACACACAUGCCAUUACGGCGUUUCCGCCAACUCGUUUUCGUCAUUCCAUCCUGCUACCACUCCCCACUCUUCCUACUCUAACUCCCACUACUCUCCACUCUCUCUGCAACUCCCCAAACUCUCUCUCUCUCUCUCUCUGAGUGUGCUUGUUUUCAUAUCAAAGAUAAAUAAACAGAAAAGAGGAAGAAUGGGUUCUCGUAUUCAGUCUCACCAGCUGAGCAGUGGGCUGGUGGUGUCGGGCAGGCCGGAGCAGCUGAAAGAGAGGCAACCGACAAUGUCGUUGCGGGCAGUACCGUACACAGGCGGUGACGUUAAAAAAUCCGGGGAGUUGGGCAAAAUGUUCGACAUCCCCGUGCUUGAUCAGUCCUCAUCCAACGGACCUUCUUCGAAUCCCAACUCCAAGCAGCAGCAGCAACUUGUGCAACCUUCACGUACUUCCUCUUCUUCUCAGCCCAACAGUGGAUCCGUCCGAUCUGGGUCCAACUCAGGCCCGAUCAGGAAAUCCUCCGGGCCCAUGCCUCUUCAGCCUACCGGGCUCAUCACCUCAGGUCCUCUCAGCUCGGGUCCCAGGAGGUCGGGGCAGCUCGGCCAGGCCGAGCAAGCGGUUGCCUCGUCGGGGAAAGCAGGGUACGGGCCUGGGGUGACGAGUCUCGGGGAAGGGAUGAGGUUUGGAUUUAGGGUGUCGAAGGCAGUGAUUUGGGUGGUGAUGGUGGUGGUGGUGAUGGGGCUGUUGGUGGGGGCGUUUCUGAUGGUGGCCGUGAAGAAGGUGGUGGUUCUUGGGGCGGUGGGUGCGGUGGUGGCGCCCCUGGGUUUGGGAUUACUUUGGAAUUGUAUUUGGGGAAGGGAAGGCUUGGUGGGGUACGUGAGGAGGUACCCGGAUGCUGAGCUUAGAGGUGCUGUUGAUGGCCAAUACGUGAAAGUUACAGGGGUUGUCACCUGUGGCAGCAUUCCUUUGGAGUCAUCUUACCAGAGGGUGCCCAGAUGUGUAUACGUUUCCACAGAAUUGUACGAGUAUAAAGGAUGGGGUGGUAAAUCCGCAAACCCUAAACAUCAUUGCUUCUCCUGGGGAUGUAGACAUUCUGAGAAAUAUGUUGCUGAUUUUUACAUAUCAGACUUCCAAUCUGGAUUAAGAGCAUUAGUCAAAGCAGGCUAUGGAGCUAAGGUUGCUCCAUUUGUCAAACCAGCUACUGUAGCUGAUAUAACAAAGCAAAACAGGGACUUAUCUCCAAGCUUUUUACGCUGGCUAGCAGAGCGCAAUCUCUCUAGUGAUGACCGUAUAAUGCGCCUAAAGGAGGGUUACAUAAAAGAAGGGAGCACUGUAAGUGUGAUGGGGGUUGUCCGACGCCAUGAUAAUGUACUUAUGAUUGUUCCACCAUCAGAACCUAUCUCAACAGGCUGUCAAUGGAGCCGGUGCCUCCUCCCAACAUAUGUUGAAGGUCUUAUAUUAACUUGUGAUGAUAAUCAGAAUGAUGAUGUUGUCCCUGUGUAGUUACAUCGCAUUUCGUAUUAGAUUCUGUUUGCAACUGGACGUCACAAGUAAAUACUGUUAAGGAUGGAAAAAGGUGGGAAUAUCACAGUGCCAUAUUACUGUCUUCCUUUUCCUGCUAAUCAAGUGCAUGCAAAUGGGGUAGAAGACACAUAACAGCAAGACUGGAAUCCCAUAAUAAUCAAGGAUAAUCUACUCCUAAAUCAGCAUGCCUCAGCAUUAUGACUGAGUUACAUUAGGGGAAGGAGGAUUUUCUUUUGCCUGAACCUAGAAUAUGUUGUAUUGUGAAGAUCCAUGAGUUUGAGUUAAUGUACAUAAGUUGCAGAGGAACCCUUAAGGGGUUCAGAAAUGGUUGGUUUCUUUAUAGCCUCUGUAAAGUAUUUUGUCUUCUGAGUUUUUACAUGUUUUCCACUUGAAUCACGUGCAGUGUUGAUAAAUUACAUGGUAGAUAUGCUAAUAUUGUAACAUAUACAAGAAUUCUCCUGCCGUUCAUGGUAUAUAUGCUAAAUAUUAUUCCAGAUAUUCCUUGGCUGA